UUUAAUCGCCGUACGUACAUAGUACGGGGCUUGAUUUUUCUAAUGCAAUUUCAUUUAGAUAAAAAAAAUAAUCGCGUUUUUCAUGCGACAUUAGUGUACUACACACAAUCGUAGUUCGUAGGUAAAUACGGCGGCCGUGUCUACGACGCGUGUCGUCGUCCGAGUGACGAGGGUUGAUUUUCAAAUCGUAGCGCUCCGCCAAACAAAAUGGCGGGGGUCGUCCGACCUCCAUAACUGCUGCUGCUGCUGCCCCCGAGUCAAUAACCUCAAAAAAAAAAGUAGUGCAAAAAAAAAAAACAAUUUUCCUCGGCUGGCGUACGAGAAAUUUUAUUUAGGUCGUCCGCGUUGUUUGUUCGAUAAAUUAAUUCGUUACUCAACACCGUUCGCGUUAACCGGUCUCAUCUCGUAUGCAUCCUUCCGACCUCGGCCGCCGGCAGUGAUAUCCGCGCUCGGCUCGGUGUGUGCCCGCGGAACGUCCAGUGCGGCCGAUUGGUGGGUACCCGUCCAUCCGAACGGUGCUCGUUCGAAUUUUGGCUAAUUCAUUGCGGGUGUUUGGCAGGUGGACGUGUUUUCGAUGGCAGAGUCCACUACCGCUACAGUCACCGCGGUGGCCGUGUCCUUGCUGCUAAUCCUGCCGGUGGCCAUGUCCUCGGAACUGUUUAGGUGCACCAAGCCCGAAUUAGGCUCAUGCUACUGCGGCAAGACGACGUACGACCGACAGGAACUGUACGCGGUCAACUGCACGGGCACAGAGCUCACAAUGAAACAGAGCCUGGACGUUCUCAUGAACCUGCCCAACGAGACCGAGGUGUUGAUAUUCACCGGAAACUUUCUCCCAGAGUUGCCUUCCAACAUAUUUGGUGUCUACAGUACCAUGGAUAAACUACGGUACCUAGACAUGUCCAACAAUGGUAUACAAGAAAUCAAAGGAAAGAGUUAUCAUCGAGUUUCCAAAGUUGAGCGGCUGAUACUAAAUAAUAACAAGAUUGGGUUGAAUGGCAUUGGACUCCGUCAUCCCAGAGUAUUUUCAAACUUUGAGAGUUUGGUAGAACUUCAUCUGACUGACGCAUUUGCCGAUGAAAAUAUUGUAAACAUAACUACUGAUUUGUAUGAAGUAUUCGUCAAUAGUAAUUUAAGUCGUUUGGCCAAACUUCAUCUUGAACAAAAUAAAAUAAGUGUUAUAACAGAACCUCGUGUUUUUUGCCCAUUGCCCCGUCUACUUGACCUACAUCUCAGCAAUAAUCAACUUACUGGCAUUGAUUUCAAUAUAGACUGUAUGUCUAAUUUGCGUUUCAUUGACUUAGAAGGUAAUCGUAUACGUGGACUGGCCGAUGAACAACUUUCAGCCUUAGAUACUGUUCAGUCAGGCAAUAAAUCUUUGGUUAUCGAUUUGUCCAACAACCCAUUUUCAUGUGGUUGUAACAUUGAAAACCUAUAUAGUUGGUUACAUACCACCAAGGUAAUUGUUCGUAACAGUGAAUCAAUUCGAUGUAUCCAAGAUUUGUCAAAAAAUCCUCUUGAUCCAUACGCUGCAUAUCGCAAUGAUUGUCCAAGUCCAGUACGCACUACACUUGUUGAUGGUAAUCAUGGCAAUCACAAAUUGAUAAUGUUGUUAGUGUUUUGUGCUGUACUAGCAUUUUUGGGUGCUGUAUUAUAUGUAUCAAGAUUUGGACUAAAACGAUUAAGACCUGAAUUUAACACCUCUUCAAGAAAGAUACAUUAUACAACCAUUGGAAAAUGUGAAGAACAAGAAAUACAUGUAUGAUAAUAUGACAAAUGAUUAGUGGUGUUAACAUUAUGGCAUGUGGAAAUUCCGACUCAUGCUUUAGGGAAAGACUGAUAACCAUUUUUUUUAAAAUUCAAUAAAUUAUUUAAAGAGUAUUUAUGAAUUGUUAUUCUUUUGUACAGUAAUGUUAUGAAAUUUAGAACGAACAAUUUUAAAAGAAAAUGUUUAAGUUUUUGUUUAAAAAAAAUUUUUGAUCGAAGCAAGUUUUUUUAUUUUUU